AUGGCACUUCUGCUACCAUCUAUGAAGAAACCGUCUCUGGAUCAUGAAGAAUUCUCAAGCUUUCGACCACUUUCCAAUUUGAAAUUUUUGUCAAAGGCUGUUGAAAAAGUUGUUGCGUCCCAAGUUGAUACUUAUAUUAGGGAUAAUAACUUGUAUGAAGUGUAUCAAUCAGCCUAUAAAAAGUAUCAUAGCACUGAAACUGCUUCAGUUAAAGUUCAAAAUGAUAUUCUCCUGGCAUUAGACAAUCGGUCAUCGGUAAUACUUUUGUUAUUGGAUUUGUCGGCUGCCCUUGACACGAUUGAUCAUCAAAUAUUACUUUCCCGAUUGGAAAAAAGGUUUGGUUUCAACGGUAAAGUCUUGGAAUGGUUUUCAUCAUAUCUAUCUGAUCGCACACAGUUUGUUAAGGUGGCAGGACAAACCUCAAAUUGUUAUGACUUGAAAUAUGGUGUUCCGCAGGG